AUGGUUAGCCCUGAACGUGAAAUCAUGUUACCAGGUAGUCCACCGGUAGACAAGUUUAACAUCGUCUACUGCAUCAUGUUGCUGCAUGGAAUUGGUACAUUGAUGCCAUGGAAUAUGUUCAUUACAAUUGCACCUAUGUAUUUUGUCAACUACAAACUUAUGGAAAAUAAAAAUGGUACUCUGGUAGAAACGGACUAUUCAAAGCAGUUCUUCAGCUACUUGGGGAUCUGCUCACAGUUACCAAAUCUUUUGUUAAAUCUUGCUAACAUUUUUGUUGACACAAAGGGUGGAUUGAAUAGAAGAAUUGGUGGCUCAUUGAUCAUCGUCGGCAUCAUAUGUAUCAUCACCACAGUUUUUGUGAAAAUUGAUACGACAGAAAUGGUCACAGCGUUCUUCUUUAUUACAAUGAUCACCGUGGUUAUUCUGAACGCAGCAAAUGGCAUCUAUCAGAAUUCCAUUUAUGGUCUUGUCGCUGCAUUUCCAUCACAAUUCACUAAUGCAAUUGUGUUGGGCAAUAAUCUUUGUGGAACAUUUGUAUCGGUCAUUAGUAUACUAACAAUAACAAUGUUUGAGGGCAGUGUAACCAAUGCCGCGUUGGCGUACUUCGUCAUCGCUGUUCUGACAAUCGCUGCAUGCUUUAUCUCAUUUUUCAUGCUUCCUCAAUUUGAAUUCUAUAACUAUUAUAUAAAGAAACAUGAGAAAGACGAGGAAGAGGCUGGAACUGCUAAUAAAGAAAGCAAAAAGGAAUUAUAUAUAUCAACUUUCAAACAGUGUUGGGUACAAUGUUUAUCAAUAUUUCUGGUAUUCUUCGUGACGCUUACCAUAUUUCCUGCAAUAAUGGCUGACGUUAAACCUGUUCACCGAAAUACGCUAAAUGAUACUUACAAUUUCUUUAUACCAGAAAAAUUGUUCACACCGAUUACCACGUUUUUGCUCUUCAAUUCUCUCGCUAUGAUCGGAUCUAUGACUGCUAAUUUUGUACAGUGGCCAUCUUCACGAUACAUCAUAAUUCCGGCUAUUUUACGCAUAGUGUUAAUCCCGAUAAUGAUGUUGUGUAACUUCCGACCAGAACGUCGGACCUGGCCAGUUCUUAUCUACAACGAAUACAUUUAUAUAAUGCUUGGUAUCAUAAUGUCGUUUACCAGCGGUUAUUUCAGUUCACUUGGUAUGAUGUAUGCACCUAAGGCAGUAGAACCGUCAAAAGCUCCUGUGGCUGGUAUGAUGUCUGCUUUCUUCCUAAUCUGCGGUAUGCUUUUACCUUUAUAA